CCCGCGCCGCACGCGCGCCCUCGUGUGGCCACGGCCCCAUGUUCAGCCUCUCCUCCCCGGUCCCUCCCCGCAGGUGCGGCUCCCCCGUUAUGCCCCGCCUCGCCGCAGGUGCGGCUGUCCCGGUUCAGCCCCGCCUCGCCGCAGGUGCGGCUGUCCCGGUUCAGCCCCGCCUCGCCGCAGGUGCGGCUGUCCCGGUUCAGCCCCGCCUCGCCGCAGGUGCGGCUGUCCCGGUUCAGCCCCGCCUCGCCGCAGGUGCGGCUGUCCCGGUUCAGCCCCGCCUCGCCGCAGGUGCGGCCCCUCCUCGCCGGUCCGUGCCCGCAGGUGCGGCCCGAGGCGGCGGUGCCCCGCGAUGGCGGCCCCCGGCGGGCUGGGGCGCUGCGUGGCCGCGUUCUGGCUGGCGCUGGCGUUCGACGCGCUGGGGCUGGCGGUGCUGCUGGCCGGCGUGUUCGCCGACGUGUUCUUCUCCGACCUGCUCAUCUACGCGGGCGGCAUCGGCAUCUUCCUCAGCCUCAUCUGGUGGGUGUUCUGGUACGCGGGCAACCUGGAGGUGCCGCCCGAGGAGCUGCGCGACGACGUGGGGCUGUCGGCGGGCAAGGGGCGCGGGGACAGCCUGCUGCGGGGGCUGGUGCACGGGCUGAGCCUCCGCCUCUCCGCCGCCUUCGGCCCCGCGCCGCGACCCCGCGCCGAGAUGGAGCUGCGGGGCCGCCCCGCCGAGCCGGGCAGGGUCUGUUGAAGACACAACUAUUGAAGUUACUGCCUCUAUAAGUGGGGGAAGUGCUGCAAAUUAUGGAAAGAGAAUUCCCUACUCAAAGCAAUAGGAUUCUCUCAUUAUGGAAUAAUCUCUGCAACUACUGUGGACUCUGGAUAAAAUGGACACAUAGAGCCAUAUCUCUGCCAAACACACCUAUUUCAGUGUUGGACUGGAUAGGUUUUUUGUGGUUCUUUUUUUUCACCAUUUCAAAACAUAAAUUAGAUCUCUUAAUGAUUGAGAACUAAAAAAGAAAUGUGAUUGACGGAAAAAUCACUGUGGCAUGUGAUAUAGAAUUUUAAAAUUUUUAAUAUCCUGGGAAUGUUUGGAUAAAAAGCUCUUGCACUGUUUUACCGAGGUCUGGAAGUCAAACUUACUGUGAAUUUUUAUGAUGCCAGUGCAAUACUUUUGUUUGUAAGGGUGCUUUUAAAAUAUCUUUGUUAAACUAUUGAUGCAAAGUUGCAAAUGCAGUAGAAGUUGUUUAUAGUGUAAAUAUACAAUUUACAGUGAAUCUUGUAAAGUAUCAUCUUUAUUUUGGAAUAACUUGGAAAUUGAGAUUUUAUAAUUAGAUAAGUAAAAAUAGUGAUGUUGGCAUACCAGUACAUUCUUCAUAGUUGUAAAUGAUGUCAUGUGAUGACUCCAAGAAGAGGCAUUUUUUUGUAUAGUGAUGUUAGGAAUUAUUUUCCUAGUGCUGAAGCAGGAGAAGGGGGAUGGACACCACCAAAAAACCCCUCGUGACUCACAGAUAUUCUAGUGCUUUAUAAAUAUUACCGGAUUUACAUUUAGAUGUAACCAAGAAGUAGCAGCUGGGAAAAGAUGUAUAUUAAAGUUAAUGAUACCUAAAAUUCUUGUGUGGAGAAAUUCCUCAUGAGUUACUCGUUUUGAACUGAUGUUAAGGGUUUGAGUCCACCUUUAGCAAGUACGUGUGGGUCUUAACAUUUUCAUCUACUGUUGGUUUUAUGCCACACCUUAUCGAAUACUAGAUGUGAGUUUAAGGAAAAUGUUUACUAAGAGUAUGGUGGCUGUACUUCAUUGUGAACUCUUGAAAUGGCUUUCAGUUUUCUCAUGUAGGUAACUGGAGUAAUUUCUUACUUUUCUAUGUGUAUUCUAAUUUUCAAAUGUUUUCCAAAUGCUCUCAGUUUUUCAGCCAAGUUAGAUGAACACUAAAAUUGAAGGUCUGUAAUGUCAUUUCUUCUUUACUAACUGUUGUUUUCAGGUGUGUAAAAUUGUUUCCUCGUUUUAGAGGAACUGCAAUAUGACACCAUUGUUACAAUGGGCUGAUUAAAAAAAAGCAAACAAAACCCUCCCUUAAAGCCUGUAGAUCACUGUUUCAGUGUCAUUUGCAAGAUUUUUUUCAUUUUUUGUUCUGAACAGAGAACUGCUUUUUCUCAUUCCCCAAGUUCACUUGUAAACUGAAUUAUGAUAUGAAAUGCUAAAUAAGCGGAAUGAUUAGUAGCAGCUAUAAAUUGAGCUGAAACUUUUUUGCAUAGCCAUUCACGUACUUAGACUGGUGAAAAAAAAUUUUGUGAUCCAGUGUUGCAAUCGUAAUUACCGGAGUGAAUUAAGCAGGGCUUUGCAUUCAUUGUAGAUUACAAUAUAAUUAAUUUUAAAUCCAAUAUCAAUACUUAAUGAUUGUUGUAUAAGAACGUAGCUAGAAUGACGUUUGCUGUUGCAACUUCACUCAACAACUGCAUGGAAUUCAAAAAUUUAUAACUGUGGACAGUAUGUUUGUUUUAAAAAUGAAAUGCAGGAGCUGACACGCCAGUAGAGGAGGAUGUUCUUCUUGGAUAAGCACUGGAGUGUUAACUAGUAGUAAGGUGUGUUGAAACAAGGAGAUGAAAAGUACUUCCAGUGGAGCAGUGAUAACUAUUGUAAGCUAUAGUCCUUUCUUUUUGAAAAUGUAAACCAGUUACUAUUUCACGUAACCUUCAAAAUAAGGAAGGCUAAUACUAAAUGGCAAAUGGUAACUGAAUUAUAAGCAGUUAAACAUUAACAAAUCUUUAACGCUAUCUUAGUCUCCUGGUAUCUUUAUCAGUUGUAGCUCCAUGCAGCACAAAGUCCAUUCAAAGAACUUCUGUAUUGUUGCUUGGAAAGAAGCUCUUGUAUGUGUUCAGGGCUGCUUGCGGUUGUGUGAACAGAGUUUUGCUUCUAAAGCUAGAAUCCCUUUAAAGGACAGGUUUAUGCACUUUGUCUGAAAACAUAGCCAGAAUCGCAAAGAACCAAACUUUGGUUACAGGAGUGUGAUUACACAGGAGGGUUUUGUAGCUGGUUAAGCCAAAACCAGCUCAAAAUGGCAUCCUCUGCCCCACUGAAGGAAGAGGCCAGACCUCAACUUGUGACUACGCAGAAGGAUUAAGUGCUUGUUGUUAGACUCUUUAUAAAGGUCGGGGCUGCGUCUAAAAAAAAGUUUUGAUGUGGUAUAUAAGGUUUACUCCCCUUAAAUUGCAAGAUCUUCUCCAGGGAAAAAUUAAAUUGUUAGUAAAGUCUACAAAAAUCUCUUUGCUGUGACUCUCGGGAGGGACAGCGAUUGUGCAGGGCUGGAUGACAGGGCUGGGGUCAAAUGUAACCAGCUUGGGUGAUUUGGGGAAGGAAAUGUUACAUCUUCAACUAAAUUAAUUUAAAAAAAUCAACCCCACUUGGAGCAGAUGGAAUGCUCCUUUGGAACUGUGCCGGGAGUGCCUGUUUCCUGUCAUACAGAUCUGAGUCGCUCUUGGGAGGAACACUUAUUCACUGGAAAAUAUUGAAAGGACAAAGUCUU